AGUUUCUCUCUUUCCAUUACAGAACAAAACCAAUAAUCCAAAAUGAAUGCUGCUGGCGGUGCCAACUACCCAAUGGGAUCACUGUACGUUGGAGACUUGCAUCCAGACGUGACGGAAGCCAUGCUGUUUGAGAAGUUCUCCUCAGCGGGACCUAUCCUCUCAAUCCGUGUUUGUCGUGAUAUGAUCACUCGUCGUUCUCUCGGAUACGCAUACGUUAACUUCCAACAACCAGCCGAUGCCGAGCGAGCUCUUGAUACAAUGAACUACGACACAUUAAAGGGAAAGCCCAUACGUAUCAUGUGGUCGCAGCGUGACCCGUCAUUGCGACGAUCCGGUGUAGGCAACGUCUUCAUCAAGAAUUUGGACAAGUCUAUUGACAACAAGGCCAUGUACGAUACCUUCUCUGCCUUCGGUAACAUCUUGUCUUGCAAGGUUGCUUUGGGAGAAGACGGCUCCAAGGGAUACGGUUUUGUGCAUUUUGAAACUGAAGAAGCAGCACAGAAAGCCAUAGCCAAGGUGUCUGGUAUGCUGCUUAACGGCAAGAAAGUGUACGUCGGGCGCUUUGUCCCACGCAAAGAGCGCCUAGCUCACUUGGGCGACCAGCGCAAGAAGUUCACCAACGUAUACCUCAAGAACUUUGGAGACGAUGUCGAUGAUGAAAAGCUGAGGGUUAUGUGCGAGGUGCACGGCACAGUGGCUUCCGUCAAGGUCAUGUUUGACGACAAAUCUGGCCGUGGGAAGGGCUUUGGCUUUGUUAGCUUCGAGGACCACUCAGCUGCUCAGAAGUGCGUUGAAGAGAUGAAUGCUCAACCUGUCAACGGCCGUACAGUGUUUGCCGGACGUGCCCAGAAGAAGAACGAGCGUCAAGCAGAACUCAAGGCCCGCUUCGAGGCUCUGAAGCAGGAGCGGAGCAAUCGCUAUCAAGGUGUCAACUUGUACAUCAAGAAUCUUGACGAUGAAUUUGAUGAUGAGAAACUUCGUAAGGAGUUCACCAAGUUCGGAACCAUCACAAGUGCCAAGGUUGCUUUGGGAGAAGACGGCUCCAAGGGAUACGGUUUUGUGCAUUUUGAAACUGAAGAAGCAGCACAGAAAGCCAUAGCCAAGGUGUCUGGUAUGCUGCUUAACGGCAAGAAAGUGUACGUCGGGCGCUUUGUCCCACGCAAAGAGCGCCUAGCUCACUUGGGCGACCAGCGCAAGAAGUUCACCAACGUAUACCUCAAGAACUUUGGAGACGAUGUCGAUGAUGAAAAGCUGAGGGUUAUGUGCGAGGUGCACGGCACAGUGGCUUCCGUCAAGGUCAUGUUUGACGACAAAUCUGGCCGUGGGAAGGGCUUUGGCUUUGUUAGCUUCGAGGACCACUCAGCUGCUCAGAAGUGCGUUGAAGAGAUGAAUGCUCAACCUGUCAACGGCCGUACAGUGUUUGCCGGACGUGCCCAGAAGAAGAACGAGCGUCAAGCAGAACUCAAGGCCCGCUUCGAGGCUCUGAAGCAGGAGCGGAGCAAUCGCUAUCAAGGUGUCAACUUGUACAUCAAGAAUCUUGACGAUGAAUUUGAUGAUGAGAAACUUCGUAAGGAGUUCACCAAGUUCGGAACCAUCACAAGUGCCAAGGUGAUGUUGGAUGAGACGGGUACAAGCAAAGGAUUUGGAUUUGUCUGUUUCUCCUCGCCGGAGGAAGCCACCAAGGCAGUGACUGAGAUGAAUGGCCGUAUCAUCGUUGCCAAGCCACUGUACGUCGCUCUGGCUCAACGCAAGGAAGAGCGUAAAGCCCAGCUGUCCAAUCAGAUCAUGCAGCGUGUUUCCACUGUCCGCAUGACGCCCGCCCAACAAGUCGGCCAAGUUUAUCCAAACUACGGCAACUUCUACGCCCCUACAAUCACCCCCACUCAACGUGGCAUUUACCCAGCCGGUCAAGUAGCCCAUGUACGCAACCCACGUUGGCCGCAGCCCCAGGCCCGUCCAGGUGGCCAGCCAUUCCAAGCCAUGCCUGCUGCAGGAAGGCACCAGUUUGCCGGCAACCCUCGUGCGGCUGCAACGGGUGCCACACCUGUAAGACCAGUGCACCCUAGAGUGCCACUCCAACCUGCUCCGUCUGCCCAGCGUGUCGCAACAGGUAUUGCAGCCCAGACUCAACAGCCAAUGCGUGUAGGUGGUGCCAAUAUACCAGUACCAAGCAUCCAGCCCAGAGCAAUGAAGUUUCUGCCCACCAAUGCUCGCAGUGCCCAGCUGGUGCCCUCCAUGGCCAAUGCUGCCCAAGCGGCUGUGCCCCAACAGGCCAUUGAGGUAUCCGGCCAGGAGCCCCUGACUCCUAGUAUGUUGGCGUCCGCCACUCCGCAGCAGCAGAAACAGAUGUUGGGCGAGCGCCUCUUCCCGCUGAUCCAACGCACCCACGGGGAUCUGGCAGGCAAAAUCACCGGCAUGUUGUUGGAGAUUGAUAACUCGGAGUUGCUUCACAUGCUAGAGUCUUAUGAACUCCUUAGCGCUAAGGUUGAGGAAGCUGUGAAUGUGUUAAAGGCUCACCAGGCCAAGGAGAAUCCAACCAAGCCAGCCAGCUUGACCCAGCAGUAGUAACAGCAAGAAGCGCACCAC